AAUCAGAAGCUCGCUGUUGUGAAGGCUAGCGCAGGCGCUCAAGUUCCAACAAAAGACUAGUCUGUGCUGCAGGCUAUGUCCUGGGGACCCUGUGUCCCUGCCCUCUCCUUCCCUCCCCCCCCCCCGCAGUGCUCUGGUACCAGGGUCAUACCAAUCACUGAUAACGGCCAUAUGUAAAUCAGGGGGCGGAGCAGCGCGAGAGGCCAGGCCGGCUGCAGCUCGGUCGGACGUUUAUCGUACUGGGGCUCUGCGCCGUUACUUUGCCUGCAGCAGCGGCCAGCCCAUGAGGAAGAAUAGAAGGCACGUGCGGAUUAGGGGUCUAUGGGAUGGAGCCUGUCCUGCGGGUGAUCCGGCAGGGGCCUGGGCGGGGCACGUCUAGCCAAUGGCUCGAUGGUAUCUGCAGGGAAGGCACUUCAACCCUAGAUGUGGAGUUCCCAGAGCUGGUUAAAAUGGAUCAGUCUAUGGUGCACCUCUGGGUGAAAACAGAACCCUUCAUAGUGGGGGCUUUGCAGAUCCCCCCUCCAUCCAAGUUCAGCAUGCACUAUCUCCGGAAGAUGUCCACGUAUGUCCGGAUGCGGGCCAGUGAGGGCUGUUACCCACGCCUUUUCUGGCCUAUGUGGCGGCACAUUGCCUGUGGGAAGUUGCAGUUAGCCAAGGAUUUGGCCUGGCUCUACUUUGAGAUAUUUGACAGUCUAAUGGAACGGACUCCAGAGGAACAUCUGGAAUGGGCAGAGGUGGUGUCCAGCUGCACGUCAGAAGAGGAAUUAGAGAAGCAGAGGAAUAAGCUGUCAGUAGACACUCUGCAGUUCCUGCUGUUCUUGUACAUUCAGCAGCUAAAUAAGGUUUCCUUGCGGACAUCUCUGAUUGGAGAAGAGUGGCCAAGUCCCAGGGACAAAUCUCAGUCUGCCAACCUGACUGGAAAAUCCACCUGUCAAAAUAAGAACUGGAAUGAUUACACCCACCAGGCGUUUGUGCAGAACCACCUGUUGGAUCUGCUGGAACUGCUACUGGACCCCGACCAGCUCACGGCCUCUUCCCAUUCCACUCACAGUAGCCUGGUCUCCCCUGAAGCUGUUCAAGCUCUCAGCUUUCUCAUUGAGGGGACUGUGAACAAAACCAGGACUGUCCAUCCUCUUCAUGAGCUUGCUCUCUGGCAGCCCUUGCAUGCGAAGAACGGCUACUCGAAGAUUUCCAAAGCCUUCUCUUUCCCCAAGCUAGAGGCCUGGCUGAGGGCCUGCCUGACUGGGAGCCCGUUUGGGACGUCUGCCUGCCUCAAGUCUGGGAAGAAACUUGCAUGGGCGCAGCAAGUUGAAGGAACAACCAAGAGAGCAAAGAUUGCGUGCAAUGCCCAUAUGGUCCCUGAGGUUCACCGCAUGGUGGUGAUGAGCCAGGUCUACAAACAGACACUGGCAAAGAGCUCGGAUACCCUGGUGGGUGCUCAUGUGAAGAUCCAUCGCUGCAAUGAGUCCUUCAUAUAUCUGCUCUCCCCUUUACGAUCUGUGACCAUUGAGAAGUGCAGGAAUAGCACUUUUGUCCUGGGCCCUGUGCAGACAGCCAUUCACCUCCACAGCUGUGAUAAUGUCAAAGUCAUUGGCAUCUGCCACCGUCUGUCUAUCUCUUCUACGACAGGCUGCACCUUCAACAUUCUCACGCCUACGCACCCUCUCAUUCUCUUGGGUAACCAAGCAGUAACUUUUGCCCCUUAUCACACCCAUUACCCAAUGCUUGAGGACCACAUGGCCCGGAUGGGCCUGGCUACAGUGCCUAACUACUGGGACAGUCCAAUGCUGGUGUGCAAGGAGAACAGUGAUGCCAGUGUCUUCCGACUCUUACCCCCCAAUGAGUUUUAUACAUUUGUUAUUCCUUUUGAGAUGGAAGGAGACACGACAGAAACGCCUGGGGGGCUGCCACAUGCAUACCAGAAGGCACUGAGUCAACGAGAGCAGAAGAUACAGGUUUGGCAAAAAACUGUGAAGGAGGCAGGGCUGACCAAGGAUCAGAGGAAGCAGUUCCAGGUGCUGGUGGAGAACAAAUUCUAUGAAUGGCUAAUUCACACAGGACAUCGUCAGCAGCUGGACAGCCUUGUGCCUCCUGCAGCAGGCUCCAAGCAAGCAGCAGGAUAGGAUGCUCUUCUUUUAACGGAAGGAAAGGAAGGAGUUGUGAAGAUGGAAGGUGACAAGCUGACGGUGGUUUCCAGUGAAUACUUUGGGGCCAUGCUGGUUAGACAUUCCUAUGGUGUUGCAAAUUAGUUCGGAUAUCUGGACCUCCGCAUCAGCAGGAGCUGGACACUUUUUUUUUUUUUUUUUGGUCCUGUUCAACACAUCACCUUGCUCCUUUCCAGGACUGGGGUACAUCAACUCCAGCUGGCUUCAGGAGGAAACCAGACGAAGGAUUGUGUGGUAAGAAAAGGUGAUGCAAAGACAAGCCUGCGGUUUGCUGUGGGCCUCUUAGGCAGGGUGGGUGCCUAGUUAAAAUUCUGGGCAUGUACGUAUCUUGCGAAGGCACUCACCCUGGUGUGACACUGGCCAUAGGGACAUGAGGCUGUUUUGUGCACCUGUCUGGGGAAGAGCUUGUUACUCCCUUUCAUAAAUGAAAAGCAAAUGUUUGAUUUAUUUUUUUCCCCUCUCUCCAAUGUGUAAAAUGAACUCGAGGUAUUUUUCUAUGUGGAGAUGGCGUUCGCACUUAAAGGAGGAAGUUUCAUGAAAUUGCUAGAUCUUUUUCUUUGCCUCCUCCUUGCUUCUGUGAAAUGUCAAUAAAUGGAAUUUUAAGUCAAGUCA